UCUGGCCCUUGGGCUCUUUUUAUGUUACCUGAAAGCCUACUGCUUUUUAUCCGUUUCGGAAGAAACAAAAAAUUGAACAAAACAACCUUAGCGUUUUCUUAAUUUUGGCAGGACGGUUUAAAUACCAUUUUUGGAGAAUCGAAACGCUAAACAAGAGGGAGUGAGCAAAUCUUAACAGCGACUCUUGGUCACUCAAAACCCUAGGGUUUAAGAAAAAGCCGGCGAGUCACAGUAUGUCGACGAUUGUGCAGAAGCGGAAACCAGUUUUCGUCAAGGUGGAUCAGCUGAAACCAGGGACCAGCGGCCAUACUUUGACCGUGAAAAUCGUUGAAACCAAUCCCGUUAAACCGGCGAUCCGUAAAACUGGUUUGUUGACUCAGCCAAUUCGAUCUUCUCGUCUCGCUGAGUGCCUAAUCGGCGACGAGACUGGAUGCAUUCUUUUCACUGCUCGCAACGAUCAAGUUGAUCUUAUGAAAGUUGGAGCAACAGUUAUUCUGAGGAAUGCAAAGAUUGACAUGUUCAAGGACACGAUGAGAAUGGCUGUAGACAAAUGGGGACUCAUUGAAGUCACGGAUCCUGCUUCGUUUGAGGUUAAUCGAGAAAACAAUCUUUCUCUGGUCGAGUAUGAAGUGGUACUUGUUCGAUGACUGAAACUUGUGCCCCUGUCUCUGCUUCCCUCGGUUAUUCUUUAGUUUCUAAUGCCAUUGGUUUAGAUUCAGUUAUGAGUUUUUUUAUUCGUUGGAUUAGUUUUAAGAUGAGAUUGUGUAAUUCUGCUUUUGCA